AGAUCUGAGGCCGUUUUGUUUCUUCCGGCUUGGUGUGAAGAUGGCCUUCAGGGUCCGGUCUCCUUGUCAGCCGUCUAAAAUAGUUUCGCUUUAUCUGAUAUCGCUGACACUGGUCUCUGUUUUAAACACAACUUUUGGAGAGAGGCAGCUAAAAUUUGUCACAUUGGUCUAUCGUCAUGGAGACCGAUCACCGAUCAAGGCCUACCCCACUGAUCCCUACCAGGAGAGUGCCUGGCCUCAAGGGUUUGGACAGCUCACUCAGGUUGGGAUGAGGCAGCACUUUGAGCUGGGGCAGACACUCAAACGACGUUACAAAGGCUUUCUCAACGAGACCUAUGAUCGACACCAGAUUGUGGUGCGCAGUACAGAUUGUGACCGGACCCUGAUGAGCGCGGAGGCUAACCUAGCGGGCAUGUACCCUCCCAAUGGGUCCCAGGUGUUUAACCCUGAUCUAAAAUGGCAGCCCAUUCCUGUUCACACAGUACCCCUGGACGAGGACCGGCUACUUACAUUCCCACUACCCAACUGUCCCCGCUUCGAUGUCCUUCUCAACGAGACCACCAAAACGGAGACCUUUCUCAACAUGACCAACCGCUACAAAGACUUUAUUGAGAUGCUGAGAAACAAAACUGGUCUGAAGGAUGCCUCUGUCGAGUCGGUGUGGAGCGUCCAUGACACCUUGUACUGUGAGAAGCUGCAUAACAAGCGACCACCCCACUGGGUGACCAGCGAUGUCAUGGAGAAGCUGAGGAAGCUCAAAGACUUCAGCUUCCAGGUCAUGUUUGGGGUGUACAAGCGUGAGGAGAAGUCUCGGCUACAGGGAGGCGUGCUUCUUGCUCAAAUCCUGAAAAACAUCACUGAGUCUGCAGUAUCUGGCUCCAAGAAGCAGAUGAAGAUGAUGAUGUACUCCGCACACGACACCACUGUAGUUGCCCUGCAGACAGCUCUGAAUGUGUUCAGUGGCAGACAGCCCACCUACGCCUCCUGCCACAUAUUUGAGCUCUACAAGGAAGAUGAUGGAUUUUUCUCGGUUGCAAUGUUCUUUCGGAACGACAGCACCAAGGAACCCUACCCGCUAACACUGCCCAACUGCACUCAGUACUGCCCCCUGCAGGACUUUCUGAGACUCACCAAUCCGGUCAUCCCUGAGAACUGGGAGGCAGAGUGCCGGGUGCCAUCGGGCCUAAAGGAAAAAGAGGUGAUCAUUGGGCUCAUAGCAUUCGCUCUCCUGCUGUUCUUCCUCAUUGGCCUCCUGCUCUUCAUGCUCUGUAGACAGCAGGACGCUAAGAACAGCUACCGGCACGUCAUCAACGAAGCCGAUGACAACUCCUGACAAUCAUUUGCACUCCUCGAGAAGUGGAACCUUCUGGAAGGAGAUGAGGACCCUUGAACAUCUCAAUCUGCCAGCAUGGGUUUUCAGGAUUGGGCGUCGGGAGGACAGACUGCUCUCUUGCUCAAUUUCUUUUAAAAACAAAGAACGGGACCUUGGCUUUUAGCGUCAUGAAUACAGAAUGUCACACUUGUAGACGAGUCUUCCGCUGUCUGCAUGGACUGGAUGAUCAGGUUAGCGGUAAUACUGUACGCAUGGUACAGUAUCAAGUUGAGGGCACAGGGUGUAAUUGCAUAAUCAUGUAAGAAUGUCUUUUUACUGCUUUUAGCAUGGCAGCAAGUGCACACAGCCAUUUUGUUAUUCAAAAAUUGUGUACAGUUUGCUUUACUUAAUGCGAGUCUAGAAUUAUACAUUUUAGUUUCAUUUUUAGUUCCCAGUUUUAAAGUUUAGCUAAAUGCACUGGAAUUUGGAAGAAAGAUGACCUAGAUUUGAAUCUCAUUAUGAAUCGCCCAAUGCCCUGGAUAUGUGGUCAAAUAAGUCUCCCUAAUGUGUGACUAUUUCUGCUGGAGUCCUGAAGAACUGCUUGGAUUAAAGAUUAAAAUUUUAAAUCGUCUCUUAUGGAUGAAGAGGUCUGCUAUCCUAUUAAUUACAUUUUGUGUCCUCUUUGCUGGAUUAAUUUUCACCGCACCGGCUACUUUUUAAAUUGUGUCACUUGCGAUUGUAGCAUAUUUCAAAGGGAAUUAGUGUUUUUAGCUUCUGUCAUACCUGGAUGGAUGGGUUGACACACAAUUUAAAGGUAUGUUAACUCGACUGUUUGAUUUAAGCGUAGAAUGUUCUAACACACUUCUCCGCUCUGGGACUGGGUACAGCUGUACAGUGUCUCGCUGUGCGCGACGAAGUUUGCAUUCCGACAUGGAAAACUAUGAAAAAUUGUCACAUGCCACCCAUUUUCAUUUGGGGUGCAGUUCUUCUUUCCUAUGUAAAUACUCAAACAAGCUGUUCUGCCAUUUCGUGUCCACAGGGAGACCUAUGAAAAUUGAUUUGAGCUUAUUUUAAUUCUUUUUUCUUUUCUUUUUUUGCUAAUGACUUGUAAUGAACUAUUUUAACGCAACCUUCAGAAUGUUGAUGAAAUUGCCCUCAAAAACAUACAAUACAAAUUGUGGGCCUUUGUGAAUACAAUGCCUUACUAUUGUUACGUAAAUUACACUCUGGAUUGCAUUAAGCUGCUUAUUCGCUGUGUUUGGAAGGGAGAUGCGUACUUGGGUUAAUUUAUUUUUAUACUUGUGUACUACAAUCUCAUGAUUUGAUUUAUGUAUAAACAGACUGGUGACAUUGCUUGAAAUGUACUUGCAUUAACAGCCUGUAUUCAUGGGACUGAUUCAGUAGGGUGAUAUCAAAUGAUAAAUUAAUUUGCCCAGGGAUUCACGCAUCCAUAAAUUGCUUUGAUAUGGGACAGGAACUCAUUGGCUGUUUGUGGAAGUAUAGUUGUGGCUUUUAGAUUUUUGCCAUUUUGUCCACUAUUAUGGACAUUGACCAGGAUAAAAUCUGUCAUUGUCCUUGAUGUACAAUUCAAUUCAGGUGUCUUCACCUACGAUCACAAAUUAACUUUUCAAACUUUGCUUGUGAAGAAAAAAAACAAAUUAGGAUAAAUGUUUUUUGAAUUCAGGCCAUUUGAUCAAUGUGUCAUUCCUUUAGAAUUCUUAUCGUAUGAGGUUAAGAUGUAUUUAUCAUACAACGGAUCAUCAAAGUGCACAUCUGUCAAGACAAAUGUUUAAGCGCAGGCGAAAACCGGUUGUGAGUUAGAAUGUUUCUAAAAUUUUAUUGGUGUUGGUCAUGUUCAUUGGACAAUUCACUUUUUAAAUGUCUACCGGACAGAGUGAUCUAAUUUUAUAAUAAACUCCUUGUCUGUAA